UGAGAAUCCUUCCACAAAACCCUAUCUAUUCAAUUUCUUCUCAUGGUAUCAGAGCCUGGUUGCUCUAUACCUUAGAUCUCAACCAAAUUUUGUUCGAUCUUAGCGAUUCCACUUCACAAUGUCCACUCCUCCUCCCGGCGUCGAUGGCCAUGUCUCUGAUGGCUCUGAAUCGUCUGAAUCUGGAAACCCAGGACAGACUUCCACCACUCCGCCGCUGAUUCCAGCACAGCCGCUUCAAACCCUACCACAGGUACUGCCUCAGGUACCUAGAUAUGAGGAUCCAUACCUCAAUCCUUACUACCUUCCUCCUCACGAUGGAGGCUUGACCACCAUCAUCUCCAUGAAGCUGACUGACCAGAAUUAUGAUCUCUGUUCCUCAACCCACUGAUCCAAUUUGGCAAUCUCGGCAUCGCUGUGACAGUACAGUGCGAUGCUGGAUAUACAACUCUCUUUAUGAUGAUAUUGCGAAUAGUGUGGUGCCCUUUCGUGUUGCUAAAGAAGUAUGGGACAAUCUGCGAGACAGAUUUAGUCAAGAAGACUUUAUUAGGGUGUAUGAGCUCAAAGAGCAGGUUUCUAAGCUCGUCCAAGGAGAUCUGACUGUUUCACACUAUUACACAGCCCUCACCACAAAGUGGCAAGAAUACAAGAUGUAUAGACCA